UGGUGUCGAUUGAAGAUGAUGAAUUUCAGGGUCCAGCAUCGAAAACCGGAUCUCCGCAGCUAGGCGCGUUGCACCUUUACAACAGCAGGGAUGCAGACGACGAAUGACGUAUGAGAAGGCGCAUCCAUGAUGUCUAGAACACAACUCCCAGCUUCGGAACCUGAAGACUUCAUUCAACGCUUUUAAAUUCUUUUCAAAUUUCCAUCUCCCUUCUAUACCGUUUGAACCUUGUAAUUACGAGUUAAACAUGUCAGCCGUUGAUCAACUCAAGCAGCAGAAUGCUGCGCUCCAAUCCAGCGUUGGUAAUGUUGCAAAAGGAGCUCAAUCCACCGCGAAAAAGCCCACCACUGCCACUCCUGCAAAGGCAACACCAUCCACAACCAAGGCCACUCCAGUCAAAAAGGCAGCUGCCCCUGCUACUACUACCACAAACACGACUACAACGCCUGUGAAGAGAGUCCCCAGAAAGCUCAACGCAGCAGGCGCAUCAUCCACUACAACCCCGGCGAAGACUGCAACACCGACAGUAACACCAUCAGCAGCUACCAAGAAACCAGUGUCUAGCGUUUCCGCUCCCAAACCCGUAACUACCACACCUUCCGUCAAGAAGACACCGGUUACUGCGGCUGGCACGAAGAAGCCAUUACCAACUGCUGUCAAGAAAGAGACUACUGCCUCACCAGCGUCAGCAUCCAAGCCCGCAAGUGCUAUCAAGAAGACACCGGUAAAGGCUACUCCGAAUUCAGCCUCGACUACGGCGACCAAGGCUACACCUGUUGCAGUCAAGAAGAACGCAGACGGUCAAGCACCUGUAGAAAAGAAGCCCGCGGGCAACAUCGUCGGCCGAGGCGUCAACACCGCGACAGGCGGCCUGAACAAGACUGUUGGCGUUACAACGGGUACGGUCAACACAGUCGCAGACUCGGCUACCACAGGCGUAAAUGCAACUCUUGAUGGCGUUACUGGGGUCGCAGGAAAGGGUCUGGACAAGCUACCCGGCGGCGUGGGCAAGCCCGUCAAACAUGUAACCGACGGCGUGGGCAAGACAGCGACGGGCGCUGUAGACAACGCAUACUACACUGCUGGAGCGGCAACCAAGGGAGUGCAGGGAACUGUGAGCAAGACGACCGGUGCUAUCGGAAGGGGCGAUGUGCGAGGCACUGUAGCGGGCGCAACGAGCGGAGUUGGCAACACAGUAUCAGGUGUCGGCAAGGGUGCAGGCAAAACCGUCGGCGAUGCUGUCGGCGGAGUAGGCUCUACUGUCGGCGGUCCACUCGGAGGCGUCGUAGGCAAUGUUGGAAAGGGCGCGAAUAAUGCCGUAACGGGCAUCACUGGAGGCUUAGGUGAGGGAGUGGGAAAGCUCGGCAAGGGUGAUGUGAUUGGGGGAGUUGGAAGUACGCUCGGAGGCGUUGGAAGAGGAGUUGGUGGCUUGCUUGGGGGUCUUACCGGGUAUGGUGAAGAAGAAGGGAAAUGAAAGAUGGCGUGGUGGCUCGAAAACCUGGGGACGGAGUGGGAGGCUGACGACAGUGACACCAUGGAGGGAGGAAAUGAGUAAUCGUGUUUGACAAGGGAUGGGGACAUGAGGAGUCGAGCCGCGUAAUGCCUAGGUUAUGGGGAUGUAUGAAAAUGGUGAUGCGAGCUGUGUAUGGUGGGCAACACUGGCCUGAACCUGGUUUGGCUAGAAGAUUGAUAACAGCUGAUCUUGA